CUUUCCGGAUACGUCAUCCCGGUCUUCCGAGUGUUUGAGCUAGCGGUUGCGGCGUUCAUGUCGCGAGUCUCCUGAAACGUCGCAGUGUUUGUCGGACUGCUUUUACUCCACGUCUACCAUGAAAACGGCCAGGGCCUCUGACGGUGGCCAGAUGGUUGAAUUUUGAAACGCCGUCGCCAGAAACGCCGGUUCGUACCGACAGGCGGGAUGUCAACAACGCGGCCCCUCCUUGGGAUGCGACGAGUCACCGAGCUAACGUACCCCGAGCAGCCGAGCAGCAGGCUCCCCGCGGCCGCCGGAAGGCAGCAGACGGAGGCCGCCACCACCGUGGACGAGUUCACCGUCCUGGAGGAUAAAGAAGAGGAGCUGAAAUGCGCCAAGCCGCGCGUGGAACAGGUUUUUAAGGUCACGUUCACCAUUAUCGGGCUGCUGGACACGGGACAGCCGCACGGCAGCAAAACGUUACGGCAGAUAUGGCUGCAGCUCCGGGGUAACAGGGAGGACGUGUCCAAGGCAAAGGAGUACAUUCGAGGGCUGUGUGACCCAGAACUGCGCAAAGAGGAGCGCUACCCGGUGGACAUGCACUGCAUCUUCGCCGGGGCGCGGGGCCUCUUCCUGGACCGGCUGAUACGGGACACGAGCGCCGAGGUUCUGAUGCUGGAGCCGGGCUGCCUGCGGCUGCUGGGCCAGGCCGAGCCGGUGGUGAUGGCUCAGAGCAGAGUCCAGCAGUUUGUCGCCCUUUUUCAAGAGAAGAGGAGCCUGCCGAGCGACAGAGAGUCCACGGUCAAACGGGCCUUCAAGUCCUUUGUGGAGGAACGUGAUGACAAGUACACCAUGGAGCUGCUUCUGCUGCCCAGCGCGCUGAAGGAAGAGUUACUGGGGUUAGCUCACUGCCCCACCAGCACUAACGCCUGCUCUAUGUUCAGCCUGGCGCUGCACCCCAGCAUGGCCGAGGUGGAGCAGGACCGCUCUCAGAGCAGCACCCCAGUCACGGAGCUCUCCAACCGCAUCCUGGACACCAGCUUCGAGGAGAAGGCAGCAGUGGGUGGGGGCGGUAAACCGGGCGGAGGCAUCGGUUUUGGCGCCGAGGCUGUGCUCAUGAACGGCGCUCGCCCGUCGCACAAACGGCGCUCAUCUGAGAGCGAGACUCGUGACACCAAAAGACAAUACUCUCUAGAACGGAAGGAGGAGUCGCCUGAAAGAACGCGGGAGCGCCCAAGGGACAGGGAGGGCCGGGGAGGCAGCAGCUGCCGGUCCAAAACCCCCUCCGCUCCCUUGACCUUCUCCUCCUCAUCCUCUUCCUCCUCCACUAAAGCAAACACAGUAUCCGGGCCGAUAAUGCUCGAGUCCAGCGAGGCCGAGGGGGACGAGGCAGAGGCGGUGAGCCCAGAAACCAACCUGCGCUGCCUGGUCAACUUUUUCAGAACGAUGGGUUACCAGCAGGAAGUUGUUGAGCGUGUUGUCAAGGCAACGGGACAAACUGAAGACACCUUUCUUGUUUUGGAAAAGAUAGUAGAAGAAACCAAACGCUGUGAGAACGGGGGCAAAGUCCGACAGCUGAACUCGGUGCACCCUACAGAUGCUUCCUCGUCAUCCUCAUCCUCCACAGUCUCUCGCUUCAGAGAGAAGGAGCUGGGCAGGACGCUAGAGGACCCGGGCCGAUCCAAAGAGAACAUUAAACCGAGUCUGCAUGGGAGCAACAGCAACGGGCUCGGACACCGGCGGCAGUGCAGCGGCAGCGAGACCAGCACCCAGCAGGCUAUCACCAUAAAGAGGAGUUCCAGCGCACAGGGGGGGGCGGGACGCUACGAGGUCAUCACCAUCGACGACGAAGACGAUGUCACCCGCAACACCAAAACAGCGGACAGCAGGACAUCCCGGACAAUGACCGUUUCACGCCUCGACUCGCAGUCAGGAUCAAGGAUAGACUACCUGGCACGGGGAGGGGCCGGGGCCUCACAGAGGGACUACAUGUCCCGUUGUGGCGCUCAGACUUUGGGAGGAUCAUUGAUGGUGGAGAAUUUGACUGCACUGCGUAACACGCCACAGUGGCUGAACACCACCACCACUUCAACACAGAGCUCUGCUCAGCCGAACAACAAAGGCUCCGCCUACCAGACCAUCAGUCACGUGGGUUUUCAGGGGGCUCGGAAUCCUCCGUCUAAUGACCCCCCUGCCGCCCCCGUCACCGGCUUGGCUCGUUUCCAUCAGUCGCUGAGGACUCCCUUUACCCUCAACCUCCCAAACGAGCAAGGAGAUCCAAAGCUCAGACACAUCAUCAUCGACGGCAGCAAUGUGGCGAUGUCUCAUGGCCUUCAUCGGUUCUUCUCCUGUCGUGGCAUCGCUCUGGCCGUGGAGACAUUCUGGAAGAGAGGCCACAGGGAGAUCACCGUGUUUGUCCCUCAGUGGCGUCAAAAAAGAGACCGAUUCACAACAGAGCAACAUUUUCUGAACCAGCUGGAAGACCUGCGACUGCUCUCCUUCACCCCGUCCAGGGAAGUCUGCGGUCAGAGGAUCUCGUCGCAUGAUGACAGGUUCCUGCUGCACCUCGCUGAAAAAACAGACGGGAUCAUUGUAACCAACGACAACCUGAGGGACUUUGUCAAAACGUCUGACACCUGGAGGAAGAUCAUUCAGGAGAGGUUGCUUCAGUUCACCUUUGUGGAGGAUCAUUUCAUGAUCCCUGACGACCCGCUGGGCAAAAAGGGACCUCACCUGGACGCCUUCCUGAGGAAGGACAGCAGGCGGCCGCCGGCCACCCCCCCGCCCCUGCAGCCGCCGGACUUCCGGCCGUCGGCGCAGCAGCAGCCCGUCUACGUCCAGGCUCUUCACUCGGCUCCUCGCGCCGCCACCUCUCUAACGCCUCACCCCACCACACACUGGCCCCAGUCUGGGGCCCCCGAAUGGCAUCCGCCCCGCCGCUCUCCUUCACCGUCCCCGUCCCCUCCCCCCCAGCGGUCGCCAGGGGAGACAUCCGAGCUUAAAAGAAAACUGUAUGACAUCUUCCCGGACCACAAGCAGCGCAUCGACCGCAUCCUCAGUGACAACCCGUACAUGAGAGACCUGAACGCCCUGUCCGGGCUGCUGUUGGGUUAAAUCUCCCCACCCCACCCCAUAAUUUAUUUCAGUCCCCAUCCAGCAGCGGUGCGGGGAAGAAGCAAACACGUGUCCUCAAAUCGAAAACAGGCUGUUGACAGAACUAGCUGCUCCUUUCAAAGCGUAUUUUUUGGCUUCUCCGUCUUCAUCUCUGUUGCCUCCGUUGCUUUCAAAGCCGUCCAGCUGAGCAGCGGCGGAGCGGGCCGACCCGCAGCCCAUCCAUUCAGCAGCAAACGUCAUUACCAGGAGAGACACCAGCUCGCUGACAGGACGUUGGAGAAGGAGGCUGCGGCCCGGAGGUCGCCAUCAGAGCCUCAGAUAUUUUUUGUACGAAUUUUUGAAGAGAAGAGCUGUAUAAAGUUUAUAAAGAGAAUCCCCAAAAAUCGAAAGGCGGAGUCACAGGGACGUCUUCAGGCUGACUAAACUGUCAAUACCUGUGUUUUAUUUUUGUUAGAGACGCAGCCCCCUGUGUGCAUUUGUUAAGGUUUGUCUGGUUUUAAAUCAGCUUGACUCGAGUUAAACUGUCGUUUCUUCCUUCAAAUUAUUCAUUUCUAAUUCCUGGUUCUUUGAAGUUCUCGCGCUCGCCAGUUUCAUUUCUCACAAACACGUUCCGUUUGUUUUCUGGGAAGGUUUUGGAAUCUGCAUUUCGAUGAUCCCCCUUUUCUGUGGAAAGGUUUUAGUCCAUUCAAGAUGAAGAUGAAAUGCCCUUCUCUGCCCCCAGGGGUCACGCUCACUGCAGGCCCGACGCCACAAACAGAACCUUCACCAUUGUUGCCCAAAGAGACAUUUUCCCACCGCCAUUAUCUUACAACCUGCUGUAGGAGCCGGAUGUUUGGCAGAUUUCAAGUUCAGUCGGAUAAAAGAAGGCAAGAGUAGAUGAGAGAAAAAACCUUCAUCCCAGUUUUUUACAGUCAAAACAUCUACAGUGACAAAGAUUGUGGCUCAUAUUGAGACGCAAAAAAAAAGUCUUCUGUGGGUUUCACCUUCCAUCUUUGGAAGAAACCACCUUUGAUCAAAAUCUAGUAUUACAGGAAGCCAGCCCAUGUGGCUCCGCCCACAUUUUUUUCCUGAUUCUACUGAGACUCUUGUUCUGAAAGGUCGCCGUGGUUAGAAAAGGUAUUGCACACGUGAGAACAUGUGUUGUUGAUUUCUUAAGGUCUCAAUGGACCACAACACAAAUUUAACGCUCCCUUUUGGGGCAGGAACGCUCAGACCCUGCAGGUGUGGCGGGCGAUAUCCGGCGCUGAGCUGAAGUGACUCGCCACAGGAGGGUCGACUCGUCGCGGUCAUGAGCGCCGACACAAGCGGCUCGUCCGACUUUUGAUCGAAACGAACACUACAAGAAUUCCGUCUUUCUGCUGACUCGGCUUUGGGAGUUUUGUGAAAAACAUGGUGGUUUCAAAGAUAAAACUUUUAAAGCCCAAAAAAAUGUUUUGCCCCUCCAAAUGCAUCCAUUUACGGAAUGCAGAUUUAAUAUUGGAAAUGGGUUGACAGACACAAAAUCUUGGCAUCCGUGUCGAAAUUCUCACAGAAACUUGACGAGGUUUUUUUUGUAUUAGAUUUGUUUUACUGAAGGAUUUUUUUUUCCAUGUAAGAUAGUUCAACUGUGUAUACUUCUUUUGUAAAUAUACACAUUUUGGCUACAGUGCACAAAGGAAUUUAUGUAUGUGAGAAAGUAAUAAAUGCAGCAUUCCCCAUAAAGAUCAUUUUUGUA